UUAUGUCAACCCCGCGGCAGCCGCAGCCCCGAGCUGGGAGCGGCCGGAGCAGGGCCGCGGCCAUGGCGCUGCCCCGGGGGCUCGGCCUCGUCCUGCUGCUGCUGCUGGGGGGGCGCGGCGGCGCCAUCGUCAUCCCCCCCGAGUAUUCGCUGCACGAGCUCCAGCAGCCCCCCGAGCUGACGGAGCAGCCCCCGGAGCAGCUCGUGGUGUUCCCCAGCGAUGACGUCGUGCUCAAGUGCGCGGCCACCGGCAACCCCGCGGCGGAGUUCCGCUGGACGCGCGAGGGCCGCCCCUUCCCGUCGCCGUCGCUGUCCCCGGCGGAGCUGGCGGGGGUCUCGCUGUCCCCCGGGGGGGGCACCUUGGUCAUCAACGCCAGCCUGGCCGGGCGGCUGCAGGGCCGCUUCCGCUGCGCCGCCAGCAACGCGCUGGGCACGGCGCUGUCCUCCGAGAGCCGCGUCAUCGCCGAGAACACGCCGCAGUGGCCCAAGGAGAAGGUGACCCCGGUGCAGGUGGAGGAGGGGGACCCCGUGGUGCUGCCCUGCGACCCCCCCAAAAGCGCCGUGCCCCCCAAGAUCUACUGGCUCAACAGCCGGAUCAUGCACAUCGCGCAGGACACCCGGGUCAGCAUGGGCCAGGACGGGUUCCUGUACUUUGCCAACGCCCGGCUCGGGGACAGCCACCCCGACUACAUCUGCCACGCGCACUACCUGGGCCCCCGCACCAUCAUCCAGAAGGAGCCGCUGGACCUGCGCGUCACCCCCAGUAACUCGGUGCAGUCCCGCCGGCCCCGCCUGCUGCUCCCCAGGGACCCCCAGGCCUCGCACGUGGCGCUGCGGGGGGAGACGCUGGUGCUGGAGUGCAUCGCCGAGGGGCUCCCCACGCCCUGGGUGUCGUGGCGCCGGCUGAACGCGCCGCUGCCGCCGGGCCGGGCCGUGCUGGACAAUUUCAACAAGACGCUGCGGCUGCGCGCGGUCAGCGAGGCCGACGACGGCGACUACGAGUGCACGGCCAGCAACGGGCUGGGCACGGCCCGCGGCAGCCACCGCGUCACCGUGCAGGCGGCGCCGUACUGGCUGCGCCGGCCGCAGAGCGGGGUGUUCGGCCCGGGCGAGGCGGCGCGCCUGGACUGCCAGGUGGGCGGCAAACCCCGGCCCCGCGUCAGCUGGAGCAUCAACGGCGUCCCCUUCGAGGAGCUGCCGGACUCGGGGCGCCGCGCUCUCCGGGACGGGGCGCUGAUCCUGUCCCGCCUGGAGCCCAACGACUCCAUGGUGGCCCAGUGCGAGGCCAGCAACAGCCACGGGCGGCUCCUGGCCAACGCCUUCGUCUACGUCGUGGAGCUGCCGGUGCAGAUCCUGACGCCGGACGCGGCGCUCUACGCCGUGGUGGAGAACCAGACGGCGUUCCUGCACUGCCGGGCCUUCGGCGCGCCCGCGCCCACCGUGGAGUGGCUGAGCCCGGCUCUGGAGCCGGCCCUGCAGGACGAUCGAGCCUUCGGCUUCACCAACGGCACGCUGCGGCUGGGCCCGGCGGCGCGGGGGGACGCGGGGGUCUUCACCUGCCGCGCCCGCAACGGCCACAGCAACGCCAGCGUCACCGCCCGCCUGGACGUGCGAGCGCCCACCCGGAUCGAGGUGCCCCCCCAGAGCGUCACGGCCAAGAAGGGCGAGACGGUGACGUUCACCUGCGGGGCCACCUUCGACCCCGGCCUGGAGCCCCGCGGGCUCCUCUGGCUGCGGGACGGGAGCCCCGUGCUCGAGAGCCCCGACAGCGACAAGUUCUCGGUGGCCGGGGACACGCUGACGGUGGCCGGGGUGGACUACGGGGACCAGGGCCGGUUCCGGUGCCGCGCCUGGACCCGGCUGGACGCGGCCGAGGCCGAGGCCGAGCUCAGGGUCGUGGGCCGCCCGGGCCCCGUGCGGGACCUGCAGGUGCUGGAGGUGGGCGAGCGGCAGGUCCGGCUCAGCUGGACCCCGGGCGAGGAGCACAACAGCCCCGUGGAGAAGUUCGUGGUGGAGCAGGAGGAGGGCAUUUUCUCCCCGGGCCGUUUCGUGGAGCUGCUGACGGUGCCGGGGGCGCGGCCCUGGGCCCCGCUGGCGCUGUCCCCGUACGGCCGCUACCGCUUCCGCGUCCUGGCGGUCAACGGCUACGGCCGCGGCGAGCCCAGCGAGCCCAGCGCCGCCGUCAGCACCGCCCCGGCCGCCCCCGAGCGAUACCCGAUGGGGGUGAAGGGGGAGGGGAACGAGACCAACAACCUGGUGAUCACCUGGCAGCCGCUGCCCCCCGGGGACUGGAACGCCCCCGAGCUCCGGUACCGGGUGCAGUGGCGGCCGCUGGAGCCGGGCCGGGGCCGCUGGGCCGAGGCCACUGUCGGGGACCCCCCCCUGGUGGUCCGGGACACCCCAACUUUCAGCCCCUACGAGAUCCGCGUGCAGGCGCUCAACGAGGCCGGCAAGGGCCCCGAGCCCCCCGUGGUCAUCGGCUACUCCGGGGAGGACCUGCCCCUGGUGUACCCCGAAAAUGUGGGGGUGGAGAUCCUGAACAGCACCAGCGUCCGCGUCACCUGGAGCCUGGGCGGGGCCGUGCGUGACCUGCGGGGCCACCUCAGGGGCUACCGGGUGCUGUACUGGCGCGAGGGGUGGGUGGGGGAGCGCUCCCGGCGCCAGGCCCCCCCCCCCGGGACCCCCGAGCCCCCUCCCCAGCCGGGGGUGCUGACGGUGCCGGGCGAUGCCAGCGGGGCGAUUUUGGGGGGGCUGCACCCCUGGAGCCGCUACCGCCUGCAGGUGCUGGUGUUCAACGGGCGGGGGGCGGGACCCCCCAGCGCCGAGAUCCGCUUCCACACCCCCGAGGGAGUGCCGGGCCCCCCCGAGGAGCUGCGCGUGGAGCGCCUCGGGGACUCCGCGCUGGGCCUCGAGUGGCGGCGGCCGCGCCACCCCAACGGCGUCCUGACCGGCUACGUGCUCCAGUACCGGCUGCAGAACCAGACCGAGGAGGGGUUCCCGUACGAGAUCUCCUUCCCGCCCGGGACCCUGAACACGACCCUGGCCCGGCUGGAGCCGCGCGGGCGGUACCGGCUCGAGCUCCGCGCGCGCACCCGGCACGGCCCCGGCGCGCCCCUGGUGCGCCUCGGCAGCCUCGCCCCCGAGCCCGUGCUGCCGGUGCUGGGCACGGUCGGGUUUGGGGAGGUGGGCGAGGAUUUCACGGUGCUGCGCUGGACCCUGGCCCAGCCCCAGGCCAACAUCGAGUUCGAGGUCGAGUACAUGAGCAAAACCACGGAGGAGCCCUGGCGCUCCUCGGGCCGGGCCAACUCCUCCCUGGGCCGGUACCGGCUCGGGGACCUCCGGCCCGGGACCUCGUACCGGGUCCAGUUCGUGGGGCGGAACCACUCCGGGGAGCGCGUGGCGUUCUGGGAGAGCGAGGUGCACACCAACGGCACCAUGCUGCCGCGCCCCGCGGGCGGCUUCGCCACCGAGGGUUGGUUCAUCGGCUUCGUGAGCGCCGCGGUGCUGCUGCUCCUCCUCCUCCUCAUCCUCUGCUUCAUCAAACGCAGCAAGGGGGGCAAGUAUUCGGUGAAGGACAAGGAGGACACGCAGGUGGACUCGGAGGCGCGGCCCAUGAAGGACGAGACCUUCGGGGAGUACCGCGACGGCGAGGAGAAGGCGUCGGGCAGCUCCGGCCGCUCUCUGGGCGCGGCGGGCGCGGCGCUGGGCAGUGACGACAGCCUGGCCGGCUACGGCGGCAGCGCCGACGUGCAGUUCAACGAGGACGGCUCCUUCAUCGGCCAGUACAGCGGCACCCGCGGCGCGGCCGCCGGCAGCUCCGGCCCCGCCAGCCCCUCGGCCGCCGCCCCGCUCGACUGACCGCGACCCCCGCCCCCGCCCCGGGGGACACCCAGGGGUGGCACCGGGGGUGUCCCCACGGCCACGGGGACGUGCUGAGGGCGUGGCGGGGCCGCCAUGGCGGUGGGGACGCCUCAGUGUCGCAGUGGGACCCCCCCAGUGUCACAGUGGGACCCCCAAUGUCACAGUGGGACCCCCCAGUGUCACAGUGGGACCCCCCCCCAAUGUCACAGUGGGACCCCCCCAGCUUUGGGGACCCCCCCAAUGUCACAGUGGGACCCCCCCUCAAUGUCACAGUGGGACCCCCCAGUGUCACAGUGGGACCCCCAAUGUCACAGUGGGACCCCCCAAUGUCACAUGGGACCCCCCCAGUGUCACAGUGGGACCCCCCCCCAAUGUCACAGUGGGACCCCCCCAGCUUUGGGGACCCCCCCAAUGUCACAGUGGGAUCCCCAAUGUCACAGUGGGACCCCCCCGUGUCACAGUGGGACCCCCACAGCUCUGGGGACCCCCUCAAUAUCACGGUGGGACCCCCCCGUGGCAGUGGGGUCUUCUCCCCCCCCCCCCCCAGUGUCAUGGUGGGACCCCCCCACCCCACCAGCACUGGGGACCCCCCCAUGACGUAGCAGGACCCCCAUGAUCCUGGGGACCCCCCCCCAAUGUCACAGCGGGACCCCCCCAUGGCCCUGGGAACCCCCAAAUCAAAGGGGGACCCCCAGACCCCCCCUCAUUUAAGGGCCCCCCCACCCCCUUCACUGCCAAAGGGGGGGGUCCCUUAAGUGCCCCCCCCAAUUUGGGGGGGUUUUUUUGGGGGGUGGAGGGGCACAGGACCCCCCCCCCAAAACACCUCACAGGGGGGGGGGCUGGUGGGGACCCCCCCGUUGGACUCAGCCAAAAAAAUCCCCCCCCCCCUCGCGCUGGAUUUUGGGGGGGGGGGGGUCUGGGCAUGGGGGGGGCUCUGCAGACCAAAAUUAGGGGGGGCAAGGGGGGGAUUUUGCCCCCCCCCCAGAUUUUAGACCCCCCCCCCCAUUCUCCUUCACUCCUCCGAGCCCCCCCCUCCCCCCAAAAAAUCUCGGGGUUUUUUUUUUUGGGGUGGGGGUCCCACCCCGCCCCCCCCCCCCCCCAAUUUCUGAAUGCAUCUCACGGCGCGGCCUUGGCAACCUCACACGAGCCGACCGGGGGGGGGGUCAGCACCCCGACCCCCCCCCUGCACCUCAAAACCCCCCCGGGCCCCCCCCCCCGCACCCCAAACCCCCCCUCACCUUCCCCAUGGGGGGGUCUGCACCCCAAAACCUCCCCCGAACCCCCCCCAAAGCCCCCCUCCCCCACCUCCUCCGCGGGGGGGGGUCUGAACCCCAAAUCCCCCCCACAUCCCCCCCCCACCCCCAAAUCCCCUCCCCACGGGGGGGGUCUACACCCCCCACCCCCUUCGCGGGGGGGUCCCCACCCUAAAAAUCCCCCAAAUCCCCUCCCCAUGGGGGGGUCCCCUCCCCACUCCCCCCCCCCCCGCGCUGUGUCGUAGCUUUGUAGCCCCCCCCCAAUGUGUGCGGUGCCCCCCCUUCCCCAAAUCCCUUUUUUUUUGGGAAAAGAAGCGGAAAAAUUGGUCCAAAGGGCCCCCAAACCGGCAGCCGAGCCCUCUCCCCUCCCCCACCUCGUGUGACCCCUCCCCCACGUGUGACCCCCCCCUCCAUCCCCCCCCCCCCCCGAUGAAAAACCGCCAAAACCACGUGGAGCAAAAAAACCGCAAAAACAAACCCCCCCCCCCAAAAUCGAAAAAAUGGGGGAAAAGCCCCCAAAAUAAAGAAGGAACU